AUGACCACCUUCAAACCCCUCCUCCCACCCCGGGCUGUCCCACGCGACCGUGGCGAUGGUCCGACUCCCCUGCCCGACUCCACGAGCUCUUUGUCGCCCAUGGUUCGCGACAACCUUACCCUCUCCUCGUGGCUCCUCCUGGGUGGCCUCAUACAAGGCUGUGCAUUUCUACUGCUGGGUUCCCUGUCCCUGCUUCCGACCGCGGCAAUCCUCCUCUACAGAACCAUCGACCAUCUGCUGAUGGCUUGUCACAUAACACCCAACCGGUACCUGGCGGGAUCCAUCCCUAUCAAGCGCAGUGCUCAGUAUCCCCGGCCUGAUGGCACCUUUGGCAGUGAACCGGCGGGCGAGUCUAUCGUGGUCUUCCAUUUGGGUGCACGCAACCACCAUCCUCUCGGGAUGUUCGCUCCAGGCAUGAAGGAAUUGGGCGACAGCGCCGAAAAGAUGCAACGGGACAUGCGCGCCAACCCUGUCAAGUACGGUCUGUUGGGCUCCUCGCAAUGGCUGAAGUGCGACAGUGCAGCGGGCAAUGAGUUCAUGACCGUCUUCUACCUCCGCGACUACGCUGCUCUCCAUCAGUUCGCGCAUGAUGAGAUCCACAUGGAAGGGGUGCGCUGGUGGGCUCGCAUCGCCAAGGACCAUCCGCAUCUGGCCCUUUACCAUGAAACCUACCUGGUGCCCCGCGGAAACUGGGAGAAUAUUUACAUUAAUGGGUGGCCGACGGGUCUGGCCGAUACCUGGUUUCCCGUGCAGACUCAGGCCGACAAGGAGAAGAAUACCGGAGUGGUUGAGCAAUGGGUGCGACCGUUGGUUGAUGCGCGUGACGGUGUCUUACGGUCGGCCAGUAAGCGGCUGCAGUUGACACGCCUGGAGGCUCGUGAGAAGGAGCACGAUGAUAUGUAUAACCAACCUGAGGGCCUGUGA